UCUAUAAAGCCGGGCGCUGCUCUGCGCACGCGCGGCUUUGCGGACGGCGAGAGCGGUGUCAUGGCGCUUCUGAGAGCCGUGUGCGUGAUGAAGGGCAGCGGAGACGUGACCGGCAGUGUUAACUUCGAGCAGACCGUCAGAAAGGAAAGGAGAUGGAGGAUGUUUUGCUGGGACAGUGAGUUAGUGGGAAGUGGACCGGUCACAGUAAAAGGAACUAUUAAUGGACUGACACCUGGAAAACAUGGGUUCCAUGUUCAUGUCUUUGGAGACAAUACUAACGGCUGCGUCAGUGCAGGACCUCAUUUUAAUCCCCUGGGGAAAAACCAUGGUGCACCACAAGAUCUAGAGAGACAUGUAGGUGACCUGGGCAAUGUUGAAGCUAAUGCAGCUGGUGUGGCCAAUAUUGCCAUUGAGGAUAAAAUUAUCCAACUGUCAGGCAGCAAUUCCAUUAUUGGACGCACUCUUGUGGUUCAUGAGAAGGAUGAUGACCUGGGAAAAGGUGGACACAGUGACAGUCUUACAACUGGAAAUGCUGGAGGACGUUUAGCUUGUGGAGUGAUUGGAAUUGCCUCUGCAGAAAAGUGAAUUUUGUAGAUUGGGGUAUUGACCUGUGUUGAACAAUAAUUGAUUCAAAAUACAAUGGUAACCUAGAGCAACUUUAUUUGUUUGGAUUUAGCCUUCAAAUUGUUUCCAAAACUAUGUACUGUUCCUGUUCAAAAAAAGUAAACCCAAACUAUAAUCAUUCUACUAGAUUUAACAAAUGUCAUUAAAGUUGAUUGUAUUAAUAGUA